CUUGUGAAGGGAUUUUUGUUGGAAGCGCAUCAUUUCGUCGGCCAUUUUACUGAUAAUGUUUUCACAUUGUUACGAAAGAUUCGCGUGUUUUUAAAUAGAAUAAAGAACUAAAACGUGUGAUUUACAGUGGAUUUUCAUAAACAGUGUAUAAGCUAAUUGACGUUAUUAUGGAAAGUUUGAGACUGUGCAGUUAAUGACGAAAUUUUGUUGAUUUCGGGACUCAAGCCUGAAAAACAUCAUGUCGAUUCCUGGAGAAGAUUUGUGUAGCAAUGGGGGUGUUCCUACCAUCCAAACUUUCCGCCCUACGUGGGACGAGUUCAAAGACUUCAACAAAUUCGUCCAAUAUAUGGAAUCCAAGGGGGCCCAUAAAGCGGGGCUUGCGAAAGUGAUUCCUCCGCCCGAAUGGGUCCCCCGCAAGGCUGGGUACGACCUCAACGAUCUCAAUAUAACUAUACCAUCGCCCAUAUGUCAAGUUGUCACAGGCAAGCAAGGCUUAUUCCAACAAAUAAACAUUCAGAAGAAAGCUAUGACAGUGAAACAAUUUUCGAUACUUGCUAACUCUGCCAAGUACUGCACCCCGCGACAUUCCAGCUACGAGGAUUUAGAGAGAAAAUACUGGAAAAACGUCACUUAUGUGGCUCCAAUAUAUGGUGCUGAUGUCAAUGGCAGCAUUACUGAUCCUGAUGUUAAAGAAUGGAACAUUAACCACCUUGGGACAAUUUUGGACUUUGUCAACUCUGACUAUGGCAUUGAAAUUGAUGGAGUCAACACGGCAUACCUUUAUUUUGGUAUGUGGAAGACUACGUUCGCUUGGCACACUGAAGACAUGGACCUCUAUUCGAUAAACUACUUGCACUUUGGGGAGCCAAAAACAUGGUACUGCAUUCCUCCAGAACACGGGAAGAGAUUUGAAAGAAUUGCCUCUGGGUUCUUCCCUACAUCAGCCAAGACUUGCCAAGCCUUUUUAAGACAUAAGAUGACUUUGAUUUCACCACAAAUCUUGAAACAGUAUUCAGUUCCAAUUAACAAAAUAACUCAAGAAGCUGGAGAGAUUAUGAUCACUUUCCCUUAUGGGUACCAUGCUGGCUUCAAUCACGGUUUCAACUGUGCCGAGUCAACAAACUUUGCAGCUCCAAGAUGGGUAGAGUAUGGAAAACGAGCAACACAAUGCACAUGCAGUAAUGACAUGGUCAAAAUAUCCAUGGAUACGUUUGUGAAGAGAUUUCAGCCUGACAGAUAUGAGUUAUGGCUUAAAGGUCAAGAUAUUGGCUGCCACCCGGAACAACCUGAGAAGAUGGUCCCUGCCCCGCAUCCUUCAGGCCAAGACAUCUUGUGUAAUAAGAACAAUACGGAACUCCCAGAGUCAUUUAUUGAGGCUGAAGAAGAAGGCUUGAAGAAAAAGAAGCGCCACCCGCUCCAUCUUAAAAGAGCUAUGGCUAGUAAGAGUAUUUCUGAAGGCGCUAUUGCUGUUUCUAUUCUCGGAGAAGAUGUUAUGGAUGAUGCAGAAAUGACCAUGGCAGAAGGCGAUCUGGAUAUGAUGACUUCUAUGAAGCGUAGACAUCUGCCAAUGGAACCUGAUGAUACACAACUUGAUGCCCUUGAAGAUAUCUGGCUGAAGGGAGAUGAAAUGGACCCAUCUGAGGCUCAGCUACCUGAUAUAGGUUACAUUGACUCUGACAGAGAUUCUGAUUAUGAAGAGCCUAAGAGCAAAAAAGAAAAAUCAAAAGGGAAGAGCAAAAAGAGUGGAGGCAAGAAAGAAACUAAAGCCAAAGUUAAAAACGAGACAGAAAAAGAAGAAACUGGUGAAGAGAAAAAGAAAACUCCACCUACUCCAAAAUCAAAAGGUGGCCGUAAGGUUAAGACCAAGAAAUUAUCCAGUGAACAACUUGAAGAUAUGGCUGCUCUUGUUUCCACCUGGGAGUCGCCACCACAUGAAGCUGCUGUCAGUCCGAAGACAGAGGAAAAGGUUGACCACACUGGAGAUCCAUUACAUCUAGGCCCACCAUUGCCACCUCCUCCAGUCCAGUCCAGUGAGACUCCUGUCCCAUCAGUUAAGAAAGAGAGAAAGAAACGAAAACCAUCUGAAAAGACAGAGAAAGUGGAAAAACCAAAAAAGGAAAAAGUUAAGAAAGAACCUGUAAAAAAGACUCCUAAACCGAAGAAAGAACCAGUUGAAGGUGAAGUUCAACGUAAGCCAAGAAAACCAAGAACGCCCAAAAAGAACCCUAACUUUGCAUACAACUCUCCCUUAGAACCAAUAAUGUCUAGUCCGAAGUUGUAUGCCCAUCACAAUCCACCAAAAACUUACCAAGCGAACCCACCAAGUCAGAAAACCUACACAUCUCUACCACAGAAUCUAAACAGUCUCGAAUAUGGCCAGAAACCUGUACAGAAGGAAACUACAAAGCCCUCAGCACCGUCCACAGUCCAAAGCACACAAGUGAAGACCUACACCAGCACAAUUAUUGACCAACAACGAGUCCCAGCAGUUGUACAACCCAUCAAAAAGGACCCAAAUGAAUUUGUAAGCGAAUUCCAAAAAUUCUUAACACAGACAAACAAAUCACCACCUCUAUCUUACCGUAAUACUAGCUCUAAGCGGAAACCAGUAGAAAAGCCUCCACAAAAGACGAAAACGCCAGAAAAACCAACAGAAUGGUCUCAUCCUAUAGGCCAAUAUAAUGAUACCAUGUUUAUGGAAAAUCCUGUUGAUUUCCGAACAGCCAUGCAGAAUGCAGCCGAUAGAUUGCAACCAACACAACAGCAGUUAAAUGCUGACAGAUCUCAAUGGCGACCAGAGUUAAUCUACCAGCAAAAUAUGCAGCAACCGCAGCAAAACUACCCGCCUAUGUACGGCCAAUUGCCCUCACAGUCACCAUACUACAGACCAUUUCAUUCACCAUACUACGGCUAUCCAGCUUAUAUGAACUGUAUCUGUUCGCAGGCAUGUCUCAACGUUCUGACGAAGCAGGAGGCGUCACCCAGCGUGGAGAAAGAAGAGGUCAAAGUGGAGGUCGAGCGGUUUAUAGACCUCGCCAGACAGAUGGAGGCGUUUUUCUUGCAAAAGAGGUUCCUUCUCUCAGCAAUGAAGCCAGAGCUCCUCGUUCGUGAAGACAACAACGAACUGAAAUGCGAACUGCAACGAAAAGAGGAACUCCUGCGGCGACAUUACGACAAAAUCAGCCAAUGGCAGACCUUGCUGGCUGAUCUACAGGGCCACGCUGUGUACAACAAGUGUCAGACGGCGCCACCUCUCCAGCAGGCUGCGUCUCCGAUGCAACCCUGUGGUGUGCAGCAAAGCGUCCAGGCUCAACAGAUGGCAGCAGCGGCGGCGGCGCAGCAAGCAGCACUGCAGCAACAGGCUCUGCAGCAGCAACAGGUACCGCGGCCCCCGCUCCCGCCCGCAUACCCCGCUGUACCCCGGCGGUAGCGACACUAGCGACCCCAUAAUAAAACAGCAGUUCACCGAUACCAGUUCAUUUUAGUUAGGGAAGUAUGAAAGUCAUAGAGCGAAAGACAAUAUUUUAAAAUUGAAUUAGGUAGCCGAGCUGUUUUACUGAACUUUAACUUUUUUUGUAGGCAGUCAUACUUAUCAGUAUUUAGCUAAGAAAUUUGAAGUGCGGGUGGAUCGUCAAAGAAAAUUGUGUAGCCACAGUAAGUUUACUGCCAUCUUUCGACACAUGAUUAAAACUUUUAGAACACCAUUUGACUUUGAUCCUUAUUCUUUCACUGAUAUGUCUUAAUGUUGAGUAUCAAAAAGUGGCGCCAUCUAAUAAAUCAAAGGCCAAAGGUAUGGCGGCAUCGUUUCGAGAGAUGGCGCCUCAAUCUUUAGCCGAUGCCCGGUAAGAUGGCACCACUUUUUGAUAUUUAACAAAUUUAACACAUAUCAGUGAAAGAAUAAGGUUCAAAGUCACAUGGCGUUCUAAAAGUUAUAAUUAUGUGUCAAAAGAUGCCAGUAAAUGUACUGUGUCAAUUUUUUUUAAAUUGAAUUACGCAAUAGCUGAGCUGUUUUACUGAACUUUGACUUUUUUGAAGGCACGCAUACUUUAUUUCUUUAUGGCAUCAUUCUUAAAUAAUAUGUAUUUUUUUAUUUAAAAAUGUAACCAUAUUGAAAAGGCACCUAUGUUAACGGUACCAAUCAUGGGACAUUUAAGAGAAAAUUUGGAGUAUUUUUUAUAUUUCACCGACAUCCUGUAAAAUUUCUACCGCUUUAUGCGCUUAAAGUUGAAUGUCCUAUUCGUCCUGUAUGUUUUCUAUGUAUUUACUCAAAGCUGCUGCAAUUGGUUUUAAUAUGAUUUACAAAUUAAAACUACAUAUAUGUUUUUGCUCCAGUCGUGGGAUGUAUGGCGCCAUUAAUAUUCAAACUAAUAAAUAUCAAUGAAAAAUUAAACUUAAUCAGCUACUCUAUUGCUCUUGUUUAUGGUAAAAUGUUGUCAGCGUUUAAAAACUGAUGGUAAAUACUUAUUUCACAAGAUUUGUCUAUACCAUCCCAUUACUGGUGCCAGUCUCAUCAUAUCAUCAUUUACUAUACUUAAGCUUCAUAAUUUGUUAACUUCUCUAAAUUUUCUUUGUAAAUUAUUAGCUAUAUAAGUAUCUACCCAGUAAGAUUUAUAAAUAUAUUGUUUAGAAUUAAUAUUA